CGCGCGGGGCGGGCGCCCUUGCUUCGUGCCCUCAACCCGCAUGGCGGAGCGGCGGCGGCGGGCCGGGCGGUUCCGGCGCGCGCGCUGAGCCGUCGGGGCGGGGCCGGCCGCGCGGCCGAGCGUCUGCCCUCAGUGAGGCGGGGCGCGCGGCGGACGCCCCCGAGCCGGGCCGGGAGGGGGGUGCGGAGAGCGGCCGGGCUCUGGCCUCCCGGGCCGCUUCGGGGGCAGGCGCCGGGCGCGGCGGCGGCCCUCGGGCCGGCUGGUGAGGCGAUGGCGGCGCCGGCGCCGGGGGCUGGGGCCGCGUCGGGGGGCGCGGGCGGCGGCGGCGGCGGCGGCGGCGCGGGCUGCGGGGCGCCGGGCGCCGGGGGCCGGCUGCCCAGCCGCGUGCUGGAGUUGGUCUUCUCCUACCUGGAGCUGUCGGAGCUGCGGAGCUGCGCGCUGGUGUGCAAGCACUGGUACCGCUGCCUGCACGGCGACGAGAACAGCGAGGUGUGGCGGAGCCUGUGCGCCCGCAGCCUGGCCGAGGAGGCGCUCCGCACGGACAUCCUCUGCAACCUGCCCAGCUACAAGGCCAAGGUACGCGCUUUCCAACAUGCCUUUAGCACUAAUGACUGCUCCAGGAAUGUCUACAUUAAGAAGAACGGCUUUACUUUACAUCGAAACCCCAUCGCUCAGAGCACUGAUGGUGCAAGGACCAAGAUUGGUUUCAGUGAGGGCCGCCAUGCUUGGGAAGUGUGGUGGGAGGGCCCUCUGGGUACUGUGGCCGUGAUUGGAAUUGCCACAAAGCGGGCCCCCAUGCAGUGUCAAGGUUAUGUGGCAUUGCUGGGCAGCGAUGACCAGAGUUGGGGCUGGAAUCUGGUGGACAAUAAUCUACUACAUAAUGGAGAAGUCAAUGGAAGUUUUCCACAGUGUAACAAUGCACCAAAAUAUCAGAUAGGAGAAAGAAUUCGAGUCAUCUUGGACAUGGAAGAUAAGACUUUAGCUUUUGAACGUGGAUAUGAGUUCCUGGGGGUGGCCUUUAGAGGACUUCCAAAGGCCUGCUUAUACCCAGCAGUGUCUGCUGUAUACGGCAACACAGAAGUGACUCUGGUGUAUCUUGGAAAACCUUUGGAUGGAUGACAGUGGCUUUUUUGGGACAAAAGACAAAGUGGAGGAGAUAAUGCUUCUGGAAAACAGAAUCAUGAAGUGACAGUGUCAUACAUGCAUGCCCAAGAAACAUCCUGAAAAACACAUGAAAUUGUUAACUGGAGAAGCAACUCUACAGCAGAGAUUAUCUUAGCGUUUCUUCUUUCUACUGGGCCAGAAAAAUCCUCAGGGUUGCAGUUGGUUGAGUGGGCAGUUGACAUACGCAUGUUGCAACAGAUUUUGUCUCCAAGUUAGCAGUGUGUUAUUUCCAACUUUUAAGGUGAGGUUUUAGAGAGCUAUAAAGAGGUAAGAUAAGGAAGUAGCAAGGCUUUUAAGUAGUGUGUUUGUGAAGAAAGACUGAUCCUGUUUCACAACUGCCUGUUUUUUCUCCAGACCCUUUCCCCAGCCAGCUUGACUAAAGUAUGAAACUGGUUGGGUUUUAUUUAAUAUUUUUAACAUAUUGAGAAGCAUGGUCUGCCUGGACUGCACUUCUCUAAGAGUGAGAUGUAAAAUUGUGCAGCUAUUUUAAAAGUUGUAUAUAUAUUAUGUGUGUAAAAAAACUGUUUUAAAAAAAAGGGACAGAGGGGUUGCUUUGUUCUAGUUCAAUUUCUUAAAAUCACUACAUGGUACAAAAAAUUAGAGUAACAUUUAAGGACAAUUGGAUAACUAAUGAAGAGGAUUUUCAGAACAGAUUGUUAUAUUGGCUCUUUUUGUAUUGUGUUUGACUUAUAGUUCCCAUAACUGUUGCAAAUCUGAAUUUUUCUUUUAACUUCCAAAAUUAUUUGAAAGAUCCCUCAAUAUCCUGGCUAAGAUUGAGGGAAGACAAAUUUAUUUCUAAUCAUAUACAUAGCUGGUAAUAGUAAUAGCAGUAAUAAUGUAAAUCUUGUAUCUGGAUUUUUUUUUUUGGUAUUUUUGGCUUUUGAGAAAGUUUUCUGACAACAUUAAAGUUUACUCGCCUAGGCCUCAAAUAUGGAAACUGUUAGUCACAGACCUUAGGGAAAGAAUUGAUAACAGUCCUUUUAUUUUUAACUUUAUAAUGCUGUAGAUAUUAUAUAUUUUUUAAUUUCAUAUUGUUUACAUCAUGCAACAAUCUAAGCCUCAAACUCUUCAUUGGGAUAAUAAAAUGUUUACUGACUUCAAGAAACAUGCCAGCCUGAACCUAGGUUAAAAAAUGUUCUUAAUCUCAUUAUAGAUAAUUGCCCCCAUGGGACUUGAUAUAAAACACCUUAUGUGAGAAUUUCAGGCUGGCUGUAUUUUGAAGGCUUCUUUUUAGAAGAGCCUAACAUUAAUUCCUCUUCUGAAAUUUUGACUAAUAAAUCUUGAUUUCACUAAUAACUCUCUAAAAUCAUCCAGCAUACAUGAAUUACGAUUUUCUUUUGUUAGAAGAGAAGCAAACUCUUUCUGUAUGAAAGUAUAAAUUGUAUGGUUUCAGAUACAACUUUGUGAUGAUAAUAGGCUAAGGCAAGUGGAAUCUUUGUACUUUUUAGGUUGUUGCUCUGUGUAUAUUUUGUUUUAAAUGUAAUAAAAUUAGGGACAACAAGCAGCUGGCUGGGAUUUGGGGGUUGCUCCUCAAGAGUUAAGACUAUCACUACUCCUGUGAGGCAGGGGAUUUCAGUCAUGAACAAUGAUUUAUUUUUGCCACCUAAAACGUUUACAAGUAUUUAUAUUUGGUAUGUUCCUUAAAGGUAAACCUUGUUAAAGAUCUUUUUUGAUACUCAUGUCAAAAAGAUAAUCUUCUAGAAAAUCAUGUUUAAUAAUAUAAGGUGAGAUUUUGUGUUAAAUGUUUUGGAGACUGUAGCAACAGAAAAAAUACAUAGAUAUAUUUUUUGGAGGGGUGUAGAACAACUCGGGAGGUUAAAAAUUAAUUAAAGAUUAACAGAGAGGUUGUUCAGGGCCUAAGUCACUUGCUUUGCUUACAGUUGACUCCGGUACCAUACCUGACACCACAUGGACCCCUGAGCACUGCAGAUUGUGGCCAAAGCUCCCUCCGCUGCCCCUCCCCCCAAAAUAAAUUAAAGAAGAACUUGGCCCAGAGAGAUGCUGAAUGGGCUGGAGUAUGUGCUUUUCGUGCAGGAGGCUGCCCGAGCACAGAGCUGGCAGUAGCCCCUGAGCCCUGCUGGGUGUGUCCUUCCCCCCCCCCCCAAAAAAAAAAAACCAACCCUGAUUCAAGAUAAAGAUUGAGCUAAUUAUAAAAAUCAUAAAGUCCUUUAAGUACUUGUUUGUGUUCAGGUUGUGAUAUGGCCAAUUCCUGAAUUUCAGUCAUUUUUCUGAGCUAGUUACAUACAGUUUUUGUUUUGUCUUACCAGUAAACAUUUGUCAUAGUUUUAAAGGUGCUGAAUGGUGAACUGAAACACAUGGUUAUUACAUAUUGAACCUAGAAUCAAAUAAUUGCCUAAGUAUCUAAUAACAAGCUCUACUUAAGUAGUUAAAUUUCCUAUUAUCUCAUCUGCAAAUUGUGUGAAAUGGAGGUUCAUGUUUUCACAUGAGCAUCGGGGGAAUAAAAAGCCUCUACUCACCUGAUGAAUUUGUUACUGGAAUCAAAUGGCUAAAGUUUUUCAAGGACAUAGAAUUUCUUCUUCAUGGGUGCUGAGAGCAGUUACGUACAAGACAGUUGCACCUGAGUUUGAGUAUACGUCAUCCAAGCAGUGCUUCUCAGCCUCAGUUGUACUUUGGAGUAACGUGUGUUGAGAAAGAUUGAUGCUUGGGUUUCCUAUCCUACAAUCAAGGUGGUGUGGGUUAUGACAGGAAACAGAGAAUUCAAAGGGAUAAAAAUUUCCCAGUGUUUUUCAUAGGCUUCAUGGGCUGAGAACCACUGAUUAACAUUCGCCCUAAAUUUUCUCAUCUGCAAAACAUUAGAAAAUAUAUGUUUUUUUAAUUCUCGCUCCCUUUUUUACUACCUCACAAUGAUAUUAAAAUUAAAGAAAAUAAAAUGAGAAAGUGCUUGUGCUGUGGAUUUAAAAAGUGCUACUGAGAGACAGGGUAGUAGGAUAUAUUAUAUUUCAAUUGAAAUUAUGGUGAGGAAAAAGUGUAUCAUUGAAUUUGCUUUAUUAGCUUGGGACACUGGGAGCAUUCUGAUUAACAAGCAUGCAGAUGUUUAAGCAAACAUUACUAUUGGUCAUACACAUACAUACUACAGUCUUCUGUUAUACUUGAGGUAGUCUGUUUUAAUUAUCUGAUUUUACAUAGGAAAGAAAUAUUAAGGCUUAAAAUCUGUAUCGUCAGUGGCUCAUAGUUCAUUAAAACUUUUCAUACAAAGAAUUCUGUAGUUAAUAUAUCAUUUUAUGGUUGCUAUUUUCUUCGCACUUUUACUGCUAAGCCAUUGACGUUGUCCUCUUCAUUCUUACUUCUGUAAAUCAAGAUUGAGAUUUGAUAAAGCUCCAGGCUAGAGAUACCUGCUGAGCUGUGGGGGCACACCUUGCAUGUGUGAGGCCCUAGGUUGGAUCCCUGGCACCAAGAAAGAAAACCUAGAUUUCAUACAGCACUUAAACCAAGUCGGUUUUCCCAAUUGAGUUUUUAAAGACAUUCUCAAUGACUUGUCUUUUAGAUAUACUUUAUUCUUGGACAGUUUCAAACAUAACAAGAGACCUAAACCAGAUAGUAGUCUUAGAAUACUUUUCAAUUUAGGUCCCCAGAUUAUGUUUUUUUCAUAUACACCAGAGGUUCCUAUAUUUGUCUAUGAAGGGCCAGAGAGAUAGUCCAAUAGGUAGGGCGUGUCCCUUGCACAUGGCUGACCCGUGUUCCAUCCCAGGCAUCCCACAUCAUCUCCUGAGCACCAUCAGAGUGAUCCCUGAGUGACAGACAAUAGGAGUAUGCCAGGAGUGACCCCAAAGCCAAACAAAAAAUCUUAUUUGACCUAUCACCCUAUUUUUAGAAAAAAAUCAGCACCCCCGCCCCCCUCCAAAAUGUGCCUUCCUGAACAGGGUAAAUAGAAAACGCCCUCUCCCUCCAGGUGGCCCAAGGCUGUUCCUACCUGACCCCACAGCAUUCCAGCAACCUGGGGGUGUAGGAAGGGGUGGUAUCUGCUUUAGGAAACACUAAUACAAACUAUAAUACUUUCUGACCAUUUAAAAUUUGUCAGAGUCUAAAGGGAUAAAAGUGUAAGGAGGUGGAAAGAUUAACGUUGAGAAACUACUUUCCAGAAACAAGACUACUUUGUGGCCAGAGUAGGCAAAAGCGCUUACUGACCCUGUUCAAUACUCAGCACCUCCCACUCCCCGAGACCCUCGCCAGGAGUGAUCCCCAAGUCCAGAGCCAGGAGUAAGCCCUAAGCACCACCGAUGUAGCCCAAAACCCAAGAGGAAAAGAAAUGAAGACCACCUUGAAAGCUUUCUGGAGAGCGCACUGCGUGCUCAGGCAGUGCUCUCCUCAAAGCAUUCCCGUUUCUCUAGCCAAACAGAUUCUCUCCUUCCUUGAGGUGUCCGAUUUUUAUAUUUUGUCUUUGUUUAAUAUACUGUCUUUACACCUGUAUAUACUUAUUUGUUGGUGUCUUACCUUCUCUAAAACAUCUUAGGCCAGGAUCUCUGAGGAACUUGUCUUUAUGUCUCCCACAUCUAAGACAGUUCCUUGCACACUUGCUGAAAAGAAAAGAGAACUAGCUAGGCAGACUAGAGCUCUGAAGUUACAGACCAAUACCAAAAAACGAGAGGUGAGGAAGAGGUCCUUCCGAAUCCUGCCGAGAGAAGCAGGAAGGAAAGGGAUGCACAUCCGAGGCUAGCAAGAAGAAACGAUGACUGUGAAUGUACUUUAGCCAUUCCCCUUUAUUAAAUAAACCGCUAAACUGAUUCUUAGUUCUUGGUAUAGAUUUCAUAUUUGUUUAGAAUUAAAAUUAGAGUCUGUAUUUUAAUUUUUUGAAAUUCUGUUGUUUUGCUUUAGUUUCUUAAUAAAAAGUUAAAACGUA